UCAGCAAGGAGAAAAGAGAUCAGAGUGUGGCUAGGGUUUCUCAGUAUCCAGUACGGUUUUAAUAAGGGUAAGUUUGAAAAACAAUAGUUAGAUUGUAUCAAUUAUUAAUGACAUUGUUUUAAGUAUAAAGAAAAUGACACGUGUCAAUGAAAAAAGGGAAAAAUCUUCAAAAGAGAAGGUUGCUAGCAUUCCCUUGGGUGGAUAUCCGUUAGCAUAGCAGCAAGUGGUGUAUGGAGGCAGGCGGCGGCGACAUGGAAGAUUUGACGGGACCAUUAAGGUGGAAUGAUGAGAGGUCCUUAUAUAUAUGUUCCAUGGUUGUGAAGGUUGAGACUGUUUCUUACGUUAUUAAUUCCAUCAAAUUGAGCGAUUUGUUUUCCUCAUCAUGCUCCUGCCGCUUUGAUCCUGAUCUUCCUACUAAUCCUAAUCCUACUGCUACUGGUGAUCCCGACCUUCCAACUAAUCCUACUGCUAUUGGUGAUCCCGACCUUCCUACUAAUCCUACUGCUAUUGGUGGUGAUGGUGAUAGAAGCAAAUGCCCGUGGUGCUCCAAAUGCCCGUGGUGCUCCAAAUCCCUCAAAGCCCCCGACGAGGAGAAGGAGGAUUGUAGUGAAUUAAACCAUCCGGAUGAUGCGACAACCAGAACCGAAUGCGCGGCUUGCUCCAAGGGCAAUAGUGAAUUACGCUAUCGGGCUUCUCUCACCGGCGAGUAUCUUCCCGGUUAUAUGGGUUGCGGUGUCUUUGGAUCUCAAAUUGUUUUCGGCGGAGGUGCGAAAUCCCGCCUCUCAACCGUGGCCGAGCGCAGCGAUAGGCGAUUCGGACCAGAUGCGAGUAGAGCUAUAUAUGGAUUUGAGACUCGGGAUCCGAAUCCCACGAUCAAACUGAGGGGCCGAGAGCGUAUGUUUGGGAAAUUGCUUGGAGAAGUCCCUAAACCCCUGCUGAUGGAGGUUUCGGGGAAACUCUAUGCUCUCUCCGGUGAGACAAUCUUAUGUAAGAAAAAGCCUCCAUAUUUUCAGGUUUUCAACCCCAACUCUAAGAAAUGGUCUCCCCUUCCCGCACCUUCAAUUCUCGAGCCUGGUGGAAGCUAUGGAGACUUCUCUUGUGCAAUUGUGGAUAGUUUUAUCCUUCUGUCGACUGGGACCAGUAUGGUAUAUGGCUUUGACACUAGUGAAGAGGAACAUCCAAAAUGGAUAGAAGUCGGGACUCCUAAUUUUUUCUCCGAUCGUCCUCUUCCUUUUAAAGGAAAAGCUUUGCUCGUGAUGGAUGACAAUGAGUCUUUCAUGUUCAGUUAUAAGAAGAGGAAACAGCGUGGAUAUGCCAUUGUUGUCUACUCUGUUGCUCCUGAUCAUGUGUCUGUUAUUAAAAAAUUGCCACUGGAGCAAGUUCUAGCGGAAGCGGAUAAGUUGCCUGCUGAUUUUCGUCGUACAUAUUCAAGAUAUGACCACUGCUUUGUUCAUAUAGAAGGUCUGAAAGUCUGCCUAAUUAUGAGCUUAUAUAUUUCUCCAGGCAACAACGCACCUAGAAGGUCUGAGAAGUUGCGCAUUAUGUCGUUAACCUUUGAAAUCUCACCACCGACCACAACGACGGGAAGGGACGUCAAACAUGUUCAUACUCGCUUCUUUGACUGCGAUACCAGACUGUCUCGCACAUCUCACCCGUGUGACCGCACCCUGCAUGCAAGUGUGCUUGGUGCUUUUGUUCUGUGUGGUAUCCAUCUCUUGCGGGGUUGACCCUUUUAAGCAGGAGGGUUUCUUGCAAGUACGUAUGUAUUCAAGAAACAGCGUUCUCUGUGUUGUGGAUUGUUGGCAGAUAGUUAUACAAUCUAUAUGGAAUUGAUGCAUAGUAAGUUUUCCCUUAUUAGGAGGAUUAGUUAGAAUUUUCCUCAGUAUAAUUAUGAAUCUUGCACACUUUUGUUAUGAUGGGAGUGCAGUUUAAAUGU